UACUCUGAUACUACAAAGAUGUCUGAAAAUAUUGACUGGUUACACAGCCACACAGACGUGUGCAAGGUGGAUCUCUAUAGCCCGAAAGUACAGAAAGAACAGGACCGUAAAGUGAUAUGUUUUAUUGAUGUGUCCACCCUGAAUGUGGAAGGGAAAGAUUCUGAGGAUGCUGGUGGUUCCGGUUCAACAAGUAACGUCAUCCUGGAGAAGCUGAAAGAAAAAGAAAUUAUUGUGAUCAAAGAUACCGAGAAGCAAGACCGCUCUAAGAUGGAGGGAUCUGUAUGCCUUUUCAAACAAACUCCCUCUGAUCCUCUAAGUACUCUCAAUUGCCUACUCGAUCUCCAGAGGUAUGCCUUGGGUUUCCAACAUGUACUGAGUCCCACAGCCUCUACCUGUAAAUAUAAAGUAGGAGAAACAGAGGGCAAACAUCACAAACUAGCCUCUGGAAACUGCUGCAGUGUCUAUGCCAAUCAACUGAACAUGGAUUACAUGGCCAGUGGACCUCAACGCCAACUUCUAGAAAUGACAACACCACAAAACAACAACAAUAACCAGAGUCCUUCCCUCUAUCUGGCAAAAUCUCCUAAUACUCAGAGGGCAGAAAUCUCCCCUGAGGGAGAACGUUUAAUAGAUGGCCUUUCCUCCUCUAUCAACCAACUAUCUUCUUUAGUAACGCAGAUGGUCCGUAAAGAAAUCAAGAAGUUAGAUGAUGGAAGCAAAUGCUUUCAUCAUUUAAUGUAUCCACUCUCUGUGGACAAAGGGAAAAACAGCCCUCGAAAUGCUGUAAGCAAGACUGCUUCUGAAAUGGCCCAUGAUGGCGUGGAAAUGACCUCCGAAGAAAUGCAGGGCACUGAGGAGGAGUGCCGGGAAGGUGGCCAUAAAAUGCUUCUGCAUAGUGAAUUAAUUCACAAGAACAAGAAGGCAGACAGACAGAUGUGCCAAAGAGAUAGCAAAGAAUUUCCAGAUUCUAUCAGCAAAGGACUCAUGCUUUAUGCAAAUCAGGUAGCAUCUGACAUGAUGCUUUCUGUUAUGAAGACCUUGAAAGUGCAUACCUCUGAAAAACCAAUUCCUGCCUGUGUGGUCCUGAAGAAAGUGCUGUUAAAACACACCAAGGAAAUUGUUUCCGAUUUGAUUGACUCCUGCCUGAGUAAUCUGCACAAUAUCACUGGGGUCCUGAUGACUGACCCUGACUUUGUCUCAGCUGUCAAGAGGAAUCUGUUCAAGCACGGAAAACAAAAUGCUGCAGAUAUCAUGGAGGCCAUGCUGAAGCGCCUGGUCACUGCUCUUCUUGGUGAGAAGAGGGAGAGUAAAUCACAGAGUCUGUCAUACGCAUCUUGGAAAGCAGAGUCCCAUGAUCCCAAGCGCAAGAACCAAAGUCUCGAAUUCUCCAACGUGAAAGCUGAGAUGAAAGAAGAGGACAAAAACAAAUUAAAACCUGAUAAAUGCAAGUCGUUGAGUAAUGCUGAAAAAGUUGGUGAACAUAUCCUCAAGGAGAGCCUGACUACGUGGAAGCAAACACAGAGAAACCAAGGCAAGAUCGCUGGCAAAGCAUGCGCCAGUAAGGAAGAAAAGAGAGAAAAGAUCAGCCCUUCCACAGACUCGUUGGCAAAGGACUUGAUCGCCUCUGCCCUUAUGUUGAUCCAGUACCACCUGACCAAGCAGACCAAGGACAAAGAAGCAUUUGAAGAAGACUAUCCCGCUUCUACCAUGAACUUCAUGACUCAGAGUGCCCAAUAUGAAAAGAGUGGGUGUGGCCAAAGUGCCAAGGCACUUUCAAUGAAACACCUAGAAUCUCAUGGAGCUCCUGGGCCAUCUACCUCGCUAAGGGAGACUCAACAGGCAGAUUCCCAGAAGUUAGAUAUGUCAAACAUCGUUCUAUCACUGAUUCAGAAACUGCUUAACAGGGACUCCUUCAGCUGUGAUGAGCUAUCUGAAGGUGAGAACAAACAUUCUGAACCCAGGUCAAAAAAAGCAACUUCCAUGUCCAAGAGAGGGGAAGAACAAUGCCAUGAGAAUCAAGAAGCUGACUUUAUCAGUGGGCUGAAGCAAAUGAGCCGGCAAUUCACCGAUCUACUGGUAGAAUCUGUGAUGAAGCUGUGCCUUAUCAUGGCUGAGUAUAACAAUGGGGAAGCCUUUCCCGAUUUGGAAGAACAAGCAGCAUUGGCAAACAACCCCAAUUACCAGGCUGCUGGCCCCAGAUGCAGUCAUGAUGGUGCAAUGUCACAGAACCAUCAGUACCCUCCAGGGCUGGAAGUCAUUGUCAGUAAUCAAUGCUCAACAAGUAAGUUGCAGAAGCAGCUCCAAGCUGUCCUACAGUGGAUUGCAGCCUCCCAAUUUAACGUGCCAAUGCUCUAUUUCAUGGGAGAUGAUGAUGGACAACUGGAGAAGCUUCCUGAAGUUUCAGCUAAGGCAGCAGAGAAGGGGUACAGUGUAGGAGACCUCCUUCAAGAGGUCAUUAAGUUUGCUAAGGAACGACAACUGGAUGAAGCCGUGGGCAACGUGGCUCAAAAACAACUGCUAGACUGGCUGCUCGCUAACCUGUGA